ACUGCCCAUCAAAUCUUAGCUCUGUGAGCAGGCUGUGGCUCCCGCCCUCUUGUCUGUAUUUACUGGUCAGCUCCUGAGAGCCAGUCAUGAAUUAUUCAUUUCAUCCUCCUGGAAACACUCCACAGUAUCAAAGCCUGGGACCAAAGUCCUUAGUCUGGCAGAGCGGCACUAGGAGGGAAGGACAGAGACAGACUCCAGGUAGACUGAGCACCUCCGGGUUUUGCCUGAAACCCAAGUCACAGAGGUGGCUUACCCCUGACGGCCCCAUCUGGCCUGGGAGUGACGGCUUUGUAGUUAAGUAACCACCAAAGGAAACUCUGUGAGGCAGGCAGCCAGCAUCUUCAGACCAGAGAGAAUUUGAAUCGCGUCACAAGUGGACCCCCUUUGGCUCCCCACGAUGGGAUAUCCGCCUGAAAGAUGUUGCAUACGAAUUGACUCUGUUGCCAGAAACUGUGCCUGUGCCAGACUCAGGGUCACAGAUGUUGGGGAGGGAGCUGGGAGAUUUGUGAAUGUGCUACUUCCUAACAGAUACAAUCUGUCCCGACUUGCUCUGCGCCCAGCAAACUCACUUUCAGUUUUGUAUGCCACAAAGAAAAGAAACUACAGGUAGUUGGUUUUGCAGUAGCUGGGUUGCACAGCCGCUCAGGGGAACAGACCCAGACAGGACCAUGGCCUCCACGAGGACCCUGAAGGACCCCAGCAUUGGUCAGCACUUCAGGAGGAUGCUGAUCUGCACGGUGCUCUUGCAGAUGCUCCUGCAAGCCCUGUCUGUGGCCGUGACUUACAUGUACUUCAACAAUGAGAUGAAGCAGCUGCAGGCCAAGUGCUCCAGGAGUGGACUGUCCUGCAUGUUAAGGGACGACGAGGAUCCUUGGGACUCCACUGAUGAAGAGACCAGGCACUGCUCGCAGGCUAAGAGGCAACUGUACCAGGUCAUUGAAGAGGUGUCUUUGAGAACCUUUGCGGAAACUGUUUCAACAACUCAAGAAAAGCUAAGUAUUAGCUAUCCAUCCGGAAGUGGAAAACCUCAGAGAGUGGCAGCUCACAUUACUGGGAUCAGUCGGAGAAGCUACUCAGCCUUAAUGCCAAUGACCAAGGAUGGAAAGACCUUGGGUCAGAAGAUAGAAUCCUGGGAGUCAUCGAGGAAAGGGCAUUCAUUCCUCAACUAUGUGCUCUUGAGAAAAGGAGAGCUGGUCAUCCAGAAGCAGGGCCUUUAUUUCGUCUAUUCCCAGACGUACUUCCGGUUCCAAGAGAAUGAAGUUGACUCCAAGACGGUCUCAAGGCAGGGAGGGAAAAACAAACAAAUGGUACAGUACAUCUACAAAUACACCAGCUACCCAGACCCCAUUCUGCUGAUGAAGAGUGCCAGAAACAGCUGCUGGUCCAGGGAUGCAGAGUACGGGCUGUACUCCAUUUAUCAAGGGGGGCUGUUUGAGCUUAAAGAAAAUGACAGGAUUUUUGUCUCCGUGACAAAUGAGCAUUUGAUGGACCUGGACCAAGAAGCCAGUUUCUUUGGAGUCUUUUUAAUUAACUAAAUGAUCUGCGAAGAUCAGACAGAAUUCUAUGCCCAGUCACCUAGGGUGAUGUCCAGGACUCAGGUUGUCCUGAGAACAACCUCAUGUUUCAUGUGGAAGUCAAAGCUCCAUGUUUCUGCUGACUGUAAGGGGCAAGGAAACUACUUUUACAGUGGUAUUGUUGACUGAAGACACACAGCUGAGAGUCACAGAGGGCUUCUCUGACAACCCCUAGAAACUACUAACAGCCUAGACAGGAAGGCACUGAAGUUCUCUUAAAAAAAAUUGUGGUAAGGUAUUUGUGGCUGUUGUGAAAGGUGAUGUUUCUCUGAUUUUCUUCUCAGCUUCUUUAUCCUUUGUGUAUAGGAGGACUACUGAUUUUUUGAGUUGAUCUUGUAUCCUGUAGAGUUUUUGGGGUCACUUAUAUACACUAUCAUAUUAUCUGCAAAUAACAAAAGUUUGACUUCUUCCUUUCCGAUUCAAAUCCCCUUGAUCUCCUUAUGUUGUCUUAUUGCUAUUGCUAGAACUUUAAGCACUAUAUUGAAGAGGUAUGCAGAGUGGACAGUCUUGUCUUGGUCCUGAUUUUAGUGGAAUUGCUUUGAGUUUCUCUCCAUUUAAUUUGAUGUUAUCUGUCGGCUUACUGUAUAUUGCUUUUACUAUAUUUAGAUAUGAUCCUUGUAUCCCUAAUCUCUCCAAGACCUUUAUCAUAAAAGGUGUUGAAUUUUGUCAAAUGCUUUUUUUGGCGUCUAAUGAAAUGAUCAUAUGUUUUUUUCUUUCAGUUUAUUUAUAUGAUGGAUUAUAUAUUGAUAGAUUUUCAUAUGUUGAACCCGCAUCUCUGGGAUGAAGCCUACUUGAUCAUAAUGGAUGAUUUUUUGAUGUAUUCUUGGAUUCGGUUUGCCAGUAUUUUAUUGAAAAUUUUUGCACUGAUGUUCAUGAGUGAGAUUGGUCUGUAAUUCUCUUUCUUGGUUGAGUCUUUGUGUAGUUUUGGUAUCAAGGUAACUAUAGCUUCAUAAAAAGAGUUUGGCAAUGACUCUUCUGUUUCUAUUAUGUGGAACACAUUAAGGAGUAUAGGUAUCAGCUCCUCUUGGAAGUUCUGGUAGAAUUCUGUACUAAAAUCAUCUGGCCCUGGGAUUUUUUUGGUUGGGAGGUUUUUGAUGACAGCUUCUAUUUCCUCAUGACUUAUAGGUUUAUUUAAAUUGUGCACCUGGUCUUGAUUUAAUUUUGGUAUAUGGUAUUUAUCUAAAAAAUGUUCAUUUCUUUCACAUCUUCCAAUUUUGUAAAGUACAGGCUUUUGUAGUAAGAUCUAAUGAUUCUCUGAAUUUCCUUAGUGUGUGUUGUUAUGGCCCCCUUUUUAUUUCUGAUCUUGUUAAUUUGCAUGUUCUCUCUCCACCUUUUGAUUAGUUUGAUAGGGGUUUGUUAACUUGUUGAUUUUCUCAAAGAACCAUCUCGUUGUUUCAUUGAUUCUUUGGAUUGUUUUCUGUGUUUCUAUUUUGUUGAUUUCAGCCCUCAAUUUGAUUAUUUCCAGUCUUCUACUCUUCCUGGUGAGUCUGCUUCUUUUUUUUUUUCUAGAGCUUUCAGGUCUGCUGUUAAGUCUCUAAUGUGAGCUUUCUUUAUUUUCUUUAUGUGGGCAAUUAAUGCUAUGAACUUUCCUCUUAGCACUGCUUUCAUAGUGUCCCAUAUGUCUGGGUAUGUUGUGUUUUUAUUUUCGUUGAAUUUUUUGAGUGGGAGACAUUUGAUGACUGUUUCCAUUUCUUUAACAGUUAUAGGUUUAUUUAAUUUGCUUACUUGGGCUUGAUUUUAUUUUGGUAAAGUGAUAUUUAUCCAGAAGAUUGUUCAUUUCCUUUAAGUUUUCCAAUUUUGUUGAGUACAGGUUUUCAAAUUAUGAUCUGAUGAUUCUCUGAAUUUCCUCUAUGUCUGUUGUUAUGUCUCCCCAAAAGAAAAUACCUGCCCAACAAAAAGCAGGAAGCAGUUUGGAGAGAACAAUGACAAAAUUCCUUAAAUGAUUGUUUAUAAAUAUUUUUUUACAUUUAAGGGGAUAUGCUAUAGAUAUAAAUACUUUGCAUUGGUAUGAAUCUUGAUUUAUUGAUACAAAUUUAAGGUCAAUUUUAUUAUAUGUAUAUUUCUGCUCUUGAUUAAGGUAUUGAUAGUGCAGCUCAUUUAAAAAUAUAAUGUAUAAUUUAAAAAUAUAGGUAAAUAGAUAGUCAUCUAUAAUAGUCAAGCUUAUAGUCUUAUUAGUUAGAUUUUCUAGAUGUAUAGAGAUACAUUUUAUUCAAGAUUUACAGAGAUAUAUUUCAGAUGGAUAGGUAUUCUUCAAAACUUUCAAAGACUUACAGAAUAUGUCAUUUAAAAUGUUUUAAGAACUAAGACUUUUCAUGACAAUGAGACACAUCUGACAGCACCAAUCUACUUCAAGAGGAUGAUGGGCAUCAAAGAGACAUUUGGGUAAGAAACUGCUCUUGCAUUUACUGCAUGAUGGUGUGCUGUAUGAACUGUAUAGGCAGGACCCACAGAAAAAUGAUUGCUGAACUUUCCUAAAGAAGGUAAGACAACCUUCUUUAGGGUCCCUGCUUCAUGAAAGACUACCAGACAUUUUGCAGGACACAGAAGAAGGCAACUGAUAAACUUUGCCAGUACAAGGCAAAACAGAUCUUCAAAUUUCCUAUUUCAUGAAAAAGUCAGCCAGAUACUAUAGGCCUGUAGGCUGAAGAUGGAUGCUCCAGUGUUACAAAAGAACUCUGGGUGACUGUCCAGGCAGGGAGAUGUUUCUAUCAAUUCUAGAGUUUUGGAAGUUGCUUACAAAGCAUUUCUGUUAACUUACCUAAUAUUAUAUCAUUCUGGGAUCUUUGAUGGAGUUGAAGAAUAGUUAUAGCUUUCCUUAGUUAUGAUAAAAGAUAAAGUAGAUAUUAUUAUUGUAACUAUAAUUCUUGCUUGAUAUCUGUUUUGUUAUAUGUAAUUUCACUAGGUUAAAGCCAAAACUUUCCUUUCCUGGAGGUUAUUUGGCAUUCCUGAGGUCACUCAGCACUCCCAGAGGUUGCUCUGCAAUUCCAAAGGUUGUUUGGGCCUGCUCCCACAGAGGUCACUUGCUUGGGCCAGAGGUUGCUGGCUCUGACCUGGUCCCAUGGAGGUGGCUGGCUUGGGUCGGCUCCUGUGGAGGUCGCUGGCUUGAGUCUGCUCCAGAGGAGGUCACUGGCUCAAGCCUGCUCCAGUGGAGGUUGCUUGCUCAGACCUGGUCCCAAAUGUAGAGUUGGAGGGUUGCCCUGUUGGCCUCUGUCUCAUUUGGGUGCCUUCCUUUCUGAUAGGCUCUCAGAACUCCUUUGCUUGCUCAUUUUUCAUGAGACAAGGUAUCAUAUAUCCCAGGCUGGCCUCAAGAUAAUAUGUAGACAAGGGUGAUCUUUAAUUGUGCAACUUCCUGCUUUUAGGAUAUGCUGAGAUUAUAGGCACACAUCACCCUGCCUGGUUUAUGUAGAGCUGAUCUCAUAUACUGGGUAACUGAAGGGAACAGGCCUGUCUUAACUUUAGACUUCAUUACCUGUAGGAUGAAAUAAAGUUCAGGUUCCCA